UUCUCCACAUUCACUCUUCACUGCUCUUGCAUACGUUUUCGUUACUUCAUUCUCGUUUAGUAUGGACUUGCAUACGGUUGCUGUAGCCUUGUUGGCUUUAAUAACAAUAAACACUAAGAUGAUGUUGCCGUUCGGCCACGUACAGGACCAACACAAGUGUCAGCGUUUGACAAAGUCGGGCAUGCUCGAAAUCCGUUGCUAUCAGAUGAGCUUGAGGGAAGUGCCACAGAACCUGAAGUCAUCGGUUGAGAUACUGGAUCUCUCAUACAAUCGCAUUAAAAAGCUCAGACAGAAUUCAUUUGAACGCUAUACAAGCAUUAAAAUAUUAGUGCUCUAUGAUAAUAAGAUACAAUCGGUGGAGCCGGGCACAUUUGCGCCAUUAACAUCGCUGGAGGAGAUCGAUCUGUCGUUUAAUACGCUUACCUCAAUACCUUUGGAAAUUUUUCAAUUACCCUCACUGCGAAAUCUUUACUUUGACGGUAAUGAGCUCUUUAAUCUGGAGCGUGAUCUGAAGGCUCUUGAAACACCAAUAGAAGCACCGCUGGAAUAUCUAAAUAUAGCCGAUUGCGGUUUAAAGAAACUGCCCGAUUUUGGUGUACUGCCAAAACUAUGGCACAUGAAUGCCUCAUUAAAUCCGCUGACUGAUUUCAGCGUGAACUCACUAGCCAAUAUGUGUAAUUUGAAAACAGUAGAUCUGCAGAAAACAGAAAUUAGUAAUUGUGGUCGCCAACAAGUGAACCGUUAUUUACGAUAUAUUAACGGCAGUUCUCAUUUUGUGCCGAUAUUUACAGGCAAACUCGAUAACAACAAUUGUCCAGAUCCAUACAACCAAACUGUCAACUCAACGAGAUAUCAUAGCUGUAAAAUUGAGGCUGUACGCGUUAAAGCGCCCAGUUGGCUUUGGUGGGUGAUUGCAGCGGCAGUGGCAUUGGCUGUGCUCGCCUUUGUAAGGUGGUUCUGGCAACGCCAUUCGAAGAAGACAUAUGUGCUGCCACCCAAAGAACAAGCGUCGACCCCGCUUGCGCUGGACAACAAAAACGCACCGAGUAAAUUUAGUUGUACAACUUUAGAUGUACUAUAAAUAGCAAACCAUUCACAACUACAGCAACAACC